AUGACCACCAUGAGCUUGCCGCCGCUGGAUGAUCAUGUGGCAGCAGGCACGGAGCUGACUGGAAUGGUCGAGAUGCUGGCCAAGCAUUUCUUCGGUCUGGAGACCGAGGACACUGUUGCAGUGGAUGCAACACAGGAGGCGAAAAUCGCCAGUGUGCUGAAAUGGGCGGGCCAGGUUCUUGGCAGAAGCAUGGCUGAUGGUGUGGCACAUUUGACCGAGGCUAUUGCUGCUGCACAGGCAGCAGGGACAAUCCUGAAUCCAUACCAGUCCCAGCAUCUGCUUGCCCCUGUGGUUUCAGCGAUCAAUGAGACAAUGACCAAGCUUCGAGAGUUUAAGUAUGAAACGGACCAGACAAAGGAGAAACGAGCAUCAGUGUACAAGCAGGGGGAGGCCAUGGUCCUCAAGCUCAAGCAGCAGCUGGAGCAGGGUCACUUGACAGAGGAUGAAAUGAAUCGUCGCUGCAGGGCAGUGACUGUGUGGCAAUCUACCAAAGACUCCGCCCUGGACGUGAAACUUGGCGAGCUGGAGGCAGAGGUCUGCACGCGAGUGGAAGAUGCAUCCAACUUGAUCUUGGAUGUUUGGCACAAACAUGUUUCAAAGUCUGGAGCGGAACACAUGGUGGCCAUUCCGGAGCAUGACGAGAUCAUGAUGGAUGCCGACCAGGAUCUGACCGAUGAGGCGAUCAUGUUGCCGAUGGCUUUGCAGCUUCGUGGCGGCCAGUCGCUGGCUGCAUCAGCCGCCUCCCAGGCCUUGCCAAGACCAAGUGGAUUGAUGUCGCGAGGUUCGGCGGAAGACCUCGCCAGGGAAGCGGAAGAAUACAAGCGACUUCGAAAGGCUGGCAAAGGUGGGUGGGCGAGCACCGUCAAGACUAAAACCAAGGGUGUCGGCGACAAGAUGACUGAGCUCGAGUCGCUCAAGGGACAGCUUGACGAGAAGCCGGCACACAUGUCGGAGCCUUUACGCAAGGGCUACCUGGAUGAGCUGGAGCUGCAUCGCACGUCGUUGAGCACUGCUUUGGAGACGCUGCAGGCUGAUGAUCUGGAUGAGGCCCCUGAGAAGCAGCAGGCCUGCUUGGAGGCCCUGGCAGCAACGAUGAAGGCAUACCAGGAUGCCGCUUCCAUGAUCAAGAAGAAGGUCGGCAUUUGGGCUCCAGCUCCAAUAUUGUGCGAGGCUCGGGUUGUCACUGCUUGGCUGGCGGAUGUGGUUACUGGUCUCAUCGAGGAUGAGGAUUACCAAACGGAGGACUUCAGAAUGCUGGCCCAGUGCAUGCAUUUCCUGGGUGAACUCAUGAACACCAUUGAGCAAUCCCCCCGGUACCUCGAGAGCUUGAGCAUCCAGAGCAUCAAUCGAUGCACAGAUGCUGCCAUGGCAGCAUAUUUGUCACUGGCGGCAAAGGGUGCCUCUGAUGGUACUGGCUUCUUUCUUAUUCGCCCCAAGCUUCACGUGCCCUUGCCUAUUAUUUAUUAUUGA